AUAAAUCUCAUUUGCCAUACAAAAGAUGAUCAAUAAUACUGGGAAUGAACACCGAUAGACUCAGAAAAGAAUGGCUGAAAAACUUAUGACAGCAAAAACAGAAGAAAAAGCAAAAGAAUUGGAAGAAGAAGCAAUGAAAGUGGAACUGAAAACCAAGGAGAAGCUGAAGCCCUGGGAGCAGCACUCUGCUGUGAUCACCAUUCCUCGUUUUGACUACAACGCCCCUUCUUCUCUCCUCAGUCAUUCCCACUCCGGAUUCCUCAUCACCUGCCCCAUCAAGAGGGAGAAGAGUGCAACAAAAGAAGCCAUGUCAAUUCUUGAAAAGUAUGUCAGAUCUUUGAGUAUUCUAAAUGCUGAAGGUUCUGAAAGUUUGGAUGUGAAUAUGUCUGCUAAGAAGAGGAGAAUAUCUGUAAGUACAGAGGAGGAACUUGGCAACAGUUUGGAGAGGAAAGAUGCGGCCGAUGACUUUGGAGAACCUGGUAAAUGCACAGAAAACUCUUACUCGCUCCUUCCAGAUUCAGUUAAACAUAAUAUAAGUCACACUGAAACAAAUAAUACACUUUCGCUAGUCAAGUUGACCAGGAGUGGUUUACUCCUCUUCAUCUUUCCUAAGGGGGAGCACCCUGCCAUUGUUGAUAUUGUGCAAAACAUCAUUCAGUUGCGGGAAAGUGGGAGCCUAAAGUCAGCACAAUGGUGCCACCGUAUAUUCCCUAUCCAAGCCACUUGUAGGUUAGAUGAGAAGGAAGUACACUCUAUAGUGUCAAAGCUAGUCAAUCAGUUUCUGAAAGAUAAAAAGAACAAAGUUACGCAGCCAGUAAAGUUUGCAGUUGGGUACAAUAGAAGAGGAAUUGAGGAAACUGAGAUGAAGGAUGUGAGAGUGACUUCAAAUGGUUCCAAAAUAUCUGCUCUCUUAGACCGUGGCAAAUGUUUUAGCAUUGUGGCAGCUGCUGUUAAAGAUGCUGUUCCAGAUUCAAUUGUAGAUCUGAAGUGCCCUGAGCUUGCUGUGCUGCUUGAGGUUCUGCCACUCUCUGGGAUUCCUAAUGAGAGUGUGGUGGUUGGUGUGUCAGUUCUUCCACAAAUGCUUUUUAGUUCAAAACCACGUCUGUGUGUCAAGGCAUUGGUAAAAGGAUGCUAGGUCCAAUGCUGGGAAGAGAGGUUAAUGAUGAUAACCUUGUUUGUGAUGAUAAUCUCCACAAGCAAAGGUGAAGUGAGCAUUCUGUGUUACUCAGAAAGAUGGUGAUGCGUUUGCUACUGCAAAAAUUAAUGCGAUGACGGAUCAAAAUGUAUAGCUACUUGAAGAUGGAUAGUGCAUAUCCCAGCAACUCAAGCUUCCCUGUAAACAGACCAUCCCACGGAAACAUAAAAGAGAGUAGCUCUUUUCUUGCUAAUUGCUCUUAACUGGAAACUCCUGGUGGUUAUACUUGGAUAUAAUCAGGAUGCUCUAAUAUAGCUAACUGUUGGGAGCUAUGAUACAAUUAACAUAAAUUGUAUUAGUUAUGUUAGCACGUUGUUGGAGAAUCGGGUAACAGUGAUCAAGGUAUCUUUGUUAAAUUAGAAUAAGGAUUCAGUUAGAACAAAUUUUCAAUUCGCUGCUCUAUCAGCGAUAGAUGUUCCUUGCCAGCUGCUCAUCCUAGCAUACAAGUUCUUGCUGCUGAAACCAUGAUGUUAGCACAUAAGAAAUAUUCACUAUCAUAUUCAUAUAGGUCUUUGUUCAGGUA